UGUGCUAACUUAGCAAGUAGCCCUAGCUUCAGGUAUCGCUCUGCCUUUUCUGCGCAAAUCGAAACCCUCUGUCCUGUUGAAACCGGCGGGUUAGCUUCCAAACCUCAGGGUUUCGUGUCCAAAUCAGUUGGAAGUCCAUCUGAAAUGGCCUCCAAGCGAAAGGCCCCCUCGCGCGGCGCAGAGGGUGCGGACGUCAAAGAACUCCUCGAGAAAGCUGUCAAGAAGGGCAAAAAUGCAGCUGGAAAAGCCGUAGAGUCGACAGCGGGCGCCGUGAAAGACGCGGCGGGGGGCGCCGCGAAAGCGGUCAAGAAGGCCACCGAGAAAGUGGCGGAGGUGCCAAAAGCAGCUGCGAAAGCUGUCUUACCGUCCAGCGCAAAGGACGAAGGAGCGGGGCCUUCGUCGAAGACACCUCCGCUGUCGAGAUUACCCGCUGACCUCAACAAGUUGGUUGACCCGAAGCGGGUUAUGACGCUACGGGAGGGAGAAGUCACGGGGACUGGGCCUGUGUUGUAUUGGAUGUCAAGAGACCAGCGGUCAGCGGACAACUGGGCUCUGUUAUAUGCAAUCGAGCAAGCGCACAAGCAGGGUUCGUCGGUCGCGGUUAUCUUUAACCUGGUCCCAAGAUUCCUGCACGCGGGAGCACGGCAUUUCGGGUUUAUGCUGAGGGGGCUGCGGGUUAUGGAGAAGAACCUGAAAGAGAAGGACAUUCCGUUCUUCAUUGUCCAGGGAGAGCCCGUUGACACUAUUGUCCAGUUCGUUGCCAAAGUGGGCACCUCGCUCCUAGUUACCGACUUCUCGCCUCUCCGGAUCGCGCGGGAAUGGAAGGGGGGUGUGUGCAGCUUGGUAAACAUCCCCGUGCACCAAGUGGAUGCGCACAACGUGGUGCCCACGUGGGUGUGUUCGGACAAGCAAGAGUACGGUGCGCGAACCAUCCGGACCAAGGUCCACCGCAACCUGCCGGAGUUCCUAGUAGAGUAUCCCGAGCUGCCUUCCAACCCCAACAAGUGGGCUCUCGAGCCGCCCGCGCCGAUCGACUGGGAGGCGUUGCUGAAGAUCGUCCUGUCCAACAAGGCGGUGCCGGAGAUUGACUGGGCGGUGCCUGGAGAGGACGCCGGGAUGGAGUGGCUCCUAAAGCGCUUCCUCGGAAAAGGGAUUGCCAAAUACGACGCUGACCGGAACGACCCGACGAUCCCCACCGGAGUCUCAGGGAUGUCCCCUUACUUGCACUACGGCAACGUCGCGGCGCAGCGAGCGGCACUCGAGGCGCGCAAGUACCGUAAGAGCCACCCGAAGGCGGUGGACGCUUUCCUGGAGGAGCUGAUCGUUCGACGGGAGCUGUCGGACAACUACUGCUACUACCAGCCCAACUACGACAACCUGCAAGGCGCGUUCCCGUGGGCGCGCGAGUCGCUGCAGAAGCACGCGGCCGACCCGCGCGAGUACGUGUACACCAAGGAGCAACUAGAGAAGGGGCAGACGUACGACGAGCUGUGGAACGCGAGCCAGCACGAGAUGGUGCACCAUGGCAAGAUGCACGGCUUCAUGCGGAUGUACUGGGCGAAGAAGAUUCUGGAGUGGACUCCAUCCCCCGAAGAAGCCCUGGCGAUCGCUAUCGAGCUCAACGACAAGUACGAGAUUGACGGCCGGGACCCGAAUGGGUACGUCGGCUGCAUGUGGGCGAUCGCCGGUGUCCACGACCAGGGCUGGGGCGAGCGGCCAAUCUUCGGCAAGAUUCGGUACAUGAACUACGCGGGGUGCAAGCGCAAGUUCAAGGUCGACAAAUACGUGGCUUACGUCAACAAGCUGAUGUCAGACUUGAAGACGAAGGGGAAGAGCUCUGCAGCGCGCGAGAAGAAGCCCGUCUAGAACGAAUACUUGUCUUUUAAAUUGGAAGCAAUCUGCUCCUAUACCUAGUUGCAGUGGAUGAUGUGAAGAGUUGCGUAAAAAAGCUGUCGUGUACAGUCUGUCAAUGCCUGUUUGCCCGGCACCAAAUGGUGGUCUGACAUCUUUCACGUGAGAGUCAGUUGAUAAGCUUGAUCUGGAACCAUCAACAACUGACAUUACAGUGCGCCUAGUAUUAGCGUCACGCUCAGACAAACGUUCCGCUUCUUGAGACAACAAACUAAGCAAGCAUAAGUUGACAGUCACGAUGCCAUGUGAGAUCGUUGGGCAGGAAAACAUAUUGGAAUUGAACUCGGGACUUUGAGCAGAGGUUAUCCAUGAGCAUGACGCAGGCUAAAUUUCGACGUCUGCAGAAAUUGAGCACGCUCUUUGUUUCUGUGUCCGGCCGGG